AUGGAAGUGCAAAACCCAGAAGAACUUAUGAAAGUGUUACUCGAUAAUCCGUCGGCUAGAAGCCAGUUGAAUUCCUUUGUUGAGCAAGCAAUUGCGAAAAGUCACGUAAGUUAAGUGUGUUGUUUUUGUUGCGGGUUUGUUUGAUAAUUAAUUAAGUGGUUUCAUGACAACACUUAAUUGACAAAAAAUUCUUCCUUUUGUUUUCCUCUAGUCACCUGCACCGUCAAAAGUUGUACCACUGGUAAGUAAAAGCCAAAUGUUACAAUUUACUUAAACGCUAGCUUUUGGGGGAAAAAACUAUAUACUAGGACAUUUGUUGACGUCAGCUGCAUCUUUCAGACGUAUAUUUCGACGGGACAUUUUACUUGAUUUUCACGCUAUGUAGUGUAUGGCCAAUCCACUUUUAAUAUAUCCUGUGAGCUACUUUUUAAAAAUAAACUCUGUAACUGAUCUGACUCAGUUGGGGCACAAAUUUGAGCGCUUUUUGGAGCCGGGUAGGGCACUAAAAUCACUUGUUCAAAGUUCGGUCCUCUACAGUCUGCAACUGAAGUCCUUCUGUCAUUAUUUCAUAGAUUAAUAAAUGUUAUGAACUGAAAACCUUGUAUAACACAAACCCGGGGGUACUUUAGGAAUUUCUGGGUGGGGAUGUGCUGCUGGGACCCUGGAACCCUUAACCUAUACCAGAGCUAGUUCAGCUGAAUUUUGCUACCCUAUACUAGAGUAAACUCCCCAAAUCCCCCUAUCCUAGAGUAGCUGUUUACCUAGUCUAGAUAAAAUCUUCAACCAACUGCUCAGUUUCCUGAAAAAUGAUACCCUAUUCUAGACCCAAACGCUCUGAUUUAUAUACUCUAUCCUAGAGUAAACUGCUUGAAAACCAUACCCUUCACAGCGGCACAUACCUAUAUAGCACAUAUAUGGCAGUACCCCCGCCCCCGGACACAAAGAACUACAGUACAUACACAUUUUCAAAUUUACAUACAAAAAUCCAAUUAAUAAAUAAUUCAAUAAUUUGUGACAAAAUAAAUCUAUAAAACUCAUUAACCCGCGGACGUACAACGGCGGGGAGUUGGAUGCCACCCCCCUGCCCAUAAGGUUUUCUCCCAGAGGAUCUUUUCAGUAGCUAUUCGUUCAUCCCUCGCACAUAUUUUGAGUCAAGUUUAAUUUUUUGGUCAUGGUCCAUUUCUAUGGUUACGAGAUAUGACAUCAAGUAAGAGGUGGUCAAGCCAUUUUUGAGUGAAAGUACAUUUUUUUUCCAACUUUUUCAAAAAUAACUAAAUCUUGUGGCCAAAAUCAUACAAAGUGCUUAAUUGUGUGUUAUUUUUCAUCUGAAGCACAAAAAAAUCACCAUUUCUCACGAUUUUAACCUGAUUUCUAAUCCUUGGUAAAAUCCAAGAUUGCAACCAAGAUGGCAACCAUUGUUGGUGACGUCACAGGCCCCCAGCAGCACCACCACCCAUAAAAUAUACCUCAUCUUGUAGAGAAGAUGAAAGGCUUUCCACCAAAGGUAAAAUAUCGUUACAAAAUACUGCAACGUAUCAAAAACUCUGGGGAUGGGUUCCAUCCACCCAGUCCCCCCCCCCCCUUGUACCAUGGUGGGGGUAUGAAUUUGCUUGUAUGUCCGAGGGUUAAUAUAAUAUCUUAUAUUCAUAUCAUUAUAAAAUGUAAUGAAACCAUAAAAACUACUACCCUAAUUGCUUCAAAAAUAAUAAUAAAAAAGAUGAACAAGGUGCAUUUUUAUUUCAUAUAUUGGGUUUUGAGGCAAAUCUGAAUAAUAGGGAAAACAUAAUCUACCUAUAGAUCCACAUAUCGCAAAAAAAAUAUAUUAACCAUUUAAUUGACUCAGUGAUAUUUCCUUCCACUUAUAAUGAGCACAACAUAUAUUAAAUUAUGUGGCUGAGAUUUGUAAGACAGUGAGACCCUUCCAUAUUACAUGUUGACUUAAUUAUAAUUCAACAGAUAUGCUCUUGUUGAAGUAUUUCACAGGACAUUAUACGAGAUGCAUUUGAAUUUGAAUUCAAGGAUCAAAUUAAUCCAGGAGAAGGUAUAAUUAGACAACCUUAUUCUUCCUAUAAUUUAUUACCGGUAGAUAUAGUGGGAGGAAAUCAAAUGUAUAAUUGAAUCCUGAAAGAAUAUUUGCAUCUUAAAUGUUAGUUAAGAAGUCGGAUGUAUUGUAUGUGUUUAGUUUGAAAAUUGAAGUUGGGAACACGUAUUGUCCAUAUAUUAAAUUUAAUUUAUUAUCAGUUGAUGUUACUCGAGUGGGGUGUAUUGACUGUUUUAAAUUCUAUUUGUGCUAACGGCAAUAAUUUAAAAUUCGUAACAGUGCCUUGGUCAGAUGUUCAAGACUCUGUGAGAACUGAGAUGGUCGAGUAUGUAAGAGAGAUGAUGUCAUCAAGUGGUGUGUCAUUACCAACAAGAAGCAUUAUUGGAAAAAGGAUUAAAAGAUAUUAUAGGAGUCAAAGACACCAAGCUCAAAUUAAGGCAGACAAGGAGAAAAAGAAGGAGACAGCGGUUUCUUAA